AUGUCUUUACAAAUACUUACAGCAAAGAUACCGUGUCAGAAGUGCGGAGAGGAUGCCCUGGUGACAAACAGGAAGGAGGUAGUAUGUAAUGAAUGUUUUAACAUGUCCAUGAGGGGCAGACUACGGAAACUGUUGAGAGCAGAUAUCUACAAGAUCAACUCCAAGCAUGGAGUCCAUAAGGUUUUAUUGGCAUUUAAAGGGGACGUUAAUAGUAUAGUGUGCUUGGAUAUGAUUAUGCAACUUGUUUUGGAGCAAAUAAACAACCAUGGAAAGACCGGGUUCCAACUUCUUGUGUUGAAUAUCGAUGAAAGAAAUGGUAUAGAGGAAAAGCUUCAACAGGUUAGGUCAUUUUAUGAGCAGAAAGGAACAAUAAUAAACUACAAGACGGUUCAAGUCAACUCUUAUUUAACAGGGAAAAGCCUAAAGCGAAUUGGAAUCGAUAAGAAGUUCAAUAUAUUGGUGAAAGAUGAAAGUAGCCAUUCCAUGGAAGAUAUCAUCAAUCUUAUUCCCAACAAGUCAGCUGUGGAGGACUUCAAAGAAGUCAUUUAUGAUCAGAUACUAUUAAAACAAGCAGAGAUAGAAGGUUGUGGAACCAUCCUCUACUGUAAUUCCAUGAACAAGUUGUCUUCAUCGAUUUUGGCCAAUUUAAUUAAGGGAAGAGGUUCGAACAUGAACUUCAAGGUCAACGAUACAGAAAAACAAGGCAUUUACAUCAAGAACCCUUUGAGGGAACUAUUUGAUAGCGAAAUCGACUAUUACUCAGAGGUAAAUGAAAUUGGCCAAUUAAAAUUCCAGAACAAUGCAGUUAUUUCCAAUAUCAAUCGGAACAUGACCAUAAAACAAAUCACUUCACGGUAUUUGAACCAAAUAGAGGCUAAUGGAUAUGCGUCUACGAUUCCGACGGUUGUCAAGAUUACCGAAAAACUUGUGGAACCCACCAAGUUCAAACCCAUAGGCAAUUGCAAAAUUUGUGAUGAAGUUAUUUACCAGAAUCCCAAAACUUGGCUCAACAAAAUCACACAUAACGAAUCAGCUCCAUUGGUGGAUGAGAUUGAGAGAGAUUAUGCGGAGCAGUAUCUUCAAGCAUUCCCCCCGAUUGAGGAUCAACUUGAUGUUUCAAACUAUACCAUUUGCUACGGGUGUAUGGUGAGUAUGAAUGGCACAGAGUCCAUAGUGUGGCCUACGGAGAGACAAAGAGAUCAAAAGGUCCUUGAAGAAUUUAUAAUUGAUAGCGAUGACGAUGAGUAG